AGUCAUUUUGGGUCAUCUCAUCUGUUCGUUUACCAACAAAAAAAAAAUCUCAUCUGUUCGUUUAUAACAGUUAUUAUUAACACCCAGACUCAACCCUCGUUCUCUUCUGUACUUCUUCGCUUCUCUGAAAUUGGGACUUCUUAGUUCCCUCUCUCUCGCUCUUCGUUUAUGAAACCCAUCUAGAGCGUCUCUCGCUCUCCAUUCUCUACUCUUUUACUACUGUUUUACGAGGAUAGAAGCUUAAUAAAUUGAAUACGAGAUUGAACCCUUCUUCAUUUCCCCAUUUUCUCUCUGUGUGAGCUCUGCCUAUCCCAAGUAGCAAUGGUUGAUGGGUCUGAAGACACAAGCGACGUCGAGAAGCUCUACGAGUAUGGCGAACGACUCAACGAAGCCAAAGAUAAAUCACAACAGAAUGUUGAGGACUAUGAAGGUAUAAUAAGAGCAGCUAAAGGCAGCAUAAAGGCUAAACAAUUAGCGGCACAGCUCAUUCCCAGGUUCUUCAAGUUCUUCCCCAGCAUCUCCAGCCAAGCAGUUGAAGCCCAUUUUGAUUUGUGCGAGGAAGAGGAGCUUGGUGUAUCUUGCAAUCAUGACAUUAACCAUCUAACAGCCAUCGUGAUGCAGAUUCUUCACAAAAAUAGGCUUGUUUUAUUAGGAAUAAGUCUAGGGUUGGGUUGUAUAUGUGUUGGGCCUUCAGUUCAUGUGGUUUGGAGUGUAAUGGGCCGCUUUUAUGGGUCUAAACUGGGGGUAUUAAGGUUGUAGACCAGAUUAACUAGUUUGUUUCCUUUUUUAGUUGGCUUCAAUAUAAG